CCCGCCCACAUCUGAACACAUGGCUGAAGGCGGAAGCAGCUUACAAUUUGUAAAUGAGACUUGACCUUAAGAGCACUGGUAAAUCAUACUGGUAAUGUUGUAGCUUUGCUGCUUAGCUUAACGUGUUUGUAUAACUAUUUAUGAGACGUUAGUGCACUCGUCGGUCUAAUGGAUCCUAAUCUGCUGUAUUGGAAAAACCAGGGACAGUCUUUCUUCGGUCGACUGAGGAUUUGGUUUAAUCUCCUUGACCCAACUUCUCUAAGUGCCACAGAUGUGGAGAUAAAGAAGGCCCACGCUUUACUUGGAGGAGAAGACCCUUUAAACAAAGAGGAUGGACAUGCACUGAGCCUCUCACUUACUUCUGUCCAUGGGGAUUCAGGAGAAACCCUACCACUAGUUUUCAGACCUCCAGCAUUACUUCCUAUGGCAGCACCUCUGGUGAUUGCCAGCUUGUUGCCACACAGCAGUGUGAAGCCAGCUCUGUUUUGGCAGUUCUUGCUGCAGAGUUACAGCGCUGGGUUUAACCACGCAAACGGGAACUCUUCAUCAGAGCAGAGGAAGAAGACAUCUUUGAAGCAGCUUCUGUUACUCGCUGGAACAGUUUCCUAUGCAACAUGUGCAGGGGCACUUCCUCAGAUUUUCAUAAACAGACUCGGAAUAAGAAGCGCAUCAGUCCAAACUAUUUUUAGGUCAAUACUUCCGAUCCCUCUUUCAGCUGCUCUGGCCUUCUUCAACGUAUUCACCAUCAGAAGUGAGGAGUCAGAAACGGGGAUCAGGGUUUUUGAUCGUGAUGGAAAUCCAGUCGGUCUCUCUAAAGCAGCAGGGCAGAAGGCUGUGAAGGAAACAGCAUUAUCCAGAGCUGCCCUAUUAGGCACAACUGCUGCCGUCCCUAACAUCCUGGUUCUGCUUUUAAAAAGAUGGAGACUCUUCCAGAGGAACCCUCUGCUGGUGGCUCCCCUCCGUCACAUCAGUGUUGCGUUUGUUUUCGGCUUGAUGAUUCCCGUCUCAUUCAGUCUAUUUCCUCAGCUUGGGACAAUAAAGAAGGAGCAUGUUGAAGAGGAGCUGAAGGCUGCAGCAGUCGAUGGACAGUUAUACUACAACAGAGGACUCUGAAGAGCUGCUCUCAAAGAAAUCACCAAAGUAACUAGUAGGGCGAUGUGACGACAGCACAUACCUACAUCAAUCAUGCAGCUGAAACAUACACCGAUCAGCCACAGUUUACCACUGACAGGUGAAGUGUAUGUCAUUGGUUGUCUCUUUACAAAGUCACCUGUCAGUGGGUGGGAUAUGUCAGGCAGUGGGUCCACAUUUUGUCCUUGAUGUGUUGGAAGUAGGAAGUAUGGGAGAGUCUAAGGAUGUGAGCGACUUUGACAGAGGCCAAAAUGCGAUGGUUAAAAAAAAGGGGUCAGAGCAUCUCCAGAGCUGCAGCUUUUGUGGGGUGUUCCAGUCUGCAGGGAUCAGGAUCUACCAAAAAAGGGCCAGGUAGAGUAAAACCAGUCAAGUUGCGACAGGGUCUUGGAUGGGGAAGGCCGACGUUAGUGUGUGGGGAGUGAAGUCUUGCUUGUGUGGUCUGAUCGAACAAAAGAAUCUCCUGGAGCUGAAAGUGGGCACGUGAGUAUCAGAACUGGACCACAGAUCAACGAGGAAAAGUGGCCUGGAUGAUCGUGGCAGCGAGUCUAAGGUGUUGAUUCAGUCUCCGAGUUCCUCAGAUCUCAAUCCAUGCCUCUGUGGGAUGAGCUUGACAUCAAAGUCUGAUCCAUGAAGGCCCUACCUCACAAAUUCCAGGACUUUAAGGAUCUCCUGCAAACGCCUGGACGCCAGAUACCACCGCACACUUUCAGAGGUCUGGAGGAGUCCAUGUCUCAGCUCACUGUCAGGCAGGUGGUCCUGGUGUUGUGGCUGAUCGGUGUAUAAGAAGUUUUCAACCGUCUUAAAAAUGAAAGCAGCCUUUUCUCCUCCUAUCUUUCUCUUGUUUUUGAACAUUAAAAUGAUUGAAGCGGU